AUGGAAGCGCACUAUGAGCCGCUGCCCAGCAUGCCCGAGGGCGGCAACGGUGGCGACGGGGGCGAGGGCGGCGCGCCACCCGAUGCGCUGCUCGGCUCGGAGCAGUGGCAGUGGGAGGCCAUUCCGAACCUGGACCAGUUCUUCACGCGCAUAUACAGGUACUGGGAGGAGAAGGGGUUUGUGGUGAUGCUCACCUCGCGGGUGCUCAACCUCCUGGCGCUGGCCUUCACAGUGGCCAUGUCGGCACUGCUGCUGCUGUACGUGGACUGGGGGGCGCUGCGCGCGGAGUGCCUCAAGCAGGACACUUGCGACAUCUGGGAGGCCGCCGUGCGCAAGCACCCGCUGGCGGGCGGCCUCGGCGUGUGGACGGGCCUGGCUGUCGCCUACCUGCUCCUCUUCUCCGCCUACUGGCUGGUGGCGCUGGCCCACCUGGUGUAUGAGGUGCGGGACCUGGCUGAGGUGAAGCACUUCUGCAACCACAAGCUGGGCAUCAGCGAGCGGCAGAUGGGGACGGUGACGUGGCCCGAGGUGGCGCACAGGCUGGUGCAGGUCCAGCGCCGCCACCGGCUGUGCAUGGCGCGGGACCUCAGCGAGCACGACAUUGUGGCGCGGGUGAUGCGCAAAGAGAACUACCUGAUCGGCAUGCUGAACAAGGGCGUGCUGGCCCUCAACGUACCCAUCCCGGGGCUGCGCCGCCACCUGCGCCUCACCAAGACGCUGGAGUGGAACCUGUACUGCAUCCUGGCCGUCUGCAACCUGGCCGUGUCCCCCUUCCUCCUCGUCUUCCUUAUCAUCUACUUCUUCAUGAAGAACGCCGAGAAGUUCUACCACCACCCGUCCUCAGUGGGCGCGCGGCGAUGGUCGCCGCUGGCCGCCUGGCGCCUCAGGGAGUUCAACGAGCUGCCGCACUUCAUCAGGCACCGCCUCAACGCCUCCCACAAGGCAGCCGAGGAGUACAUCCAGCAGUUCCCCAGCCCCGUGCUCAGCCACGCGGCACGGUUUGUGGCCUUUGUGGCUGGCUCGGUGGCGGCGCUGCUGCUGGUGGUCACCCUCAUUGAUGAGCGCCUGCUGGAGCGAGACCUGUUUGGGCGCCAGCUGGUGUGGUGGGUGGCCGUGGUGGGCGUGGUGCUGGCGCUGAGCCGCGCCUUUGUCAUAGAGUCGGGCACCGCCUUCGACCCUGAAGCGGCGCUGAUGGAGGUGGUGCUGCACACACACUACCUGCCACGGCACUGGCGGGGGCGAGCACACACACGUGAGGUGCAGCAGGAGUUUGAGGCGCUGUUCCAGGUGGGGCGCCAGGCGUUCAAGGCGCUGCUGUUCCUGGAAGAGCUCUCCUCCAUCCUGCUCACCCCCCUGCUCCUCUGGUUCAGCCUGCCGCAGUGCGCAGGCGCGGUGCUAUCCUUUGUGGAAAGCAACACGGUGUAUGUGGAGGGGGUGGGCGAUGUGUGCAGCCUGGCGGCGUUUGAUUUCCAGCGCCACGGCAACGCCAAGUACGGCUCCCCGGCAGCCGCCCCGAAGCUGUACCGCAGCCGGCAGGGCAAGAUGGAGAAGAGCUUCCUCUCCUUUGCCGCCACAUACCCCGCUUGGGAGCCCGACCCCGCGGGCCAGCAGCUGCUGGCGCAGCUGGCGGCGUCCCCCGCUGCGGCGGCACUGGCGGCAGCGGGCCACCAGUCCCUGGCCUGGUCUCAGGUGCCGGGCUCGCCGCCGCCGCCGCCCGGGCUGCCGCCGCGCCUGUGGCAGCCCGGCGGCGCCCGGCUGCAGCCUCAUGCCCUGGCCUCGGUACUGGCGGCCAGGGGCUACGGGGCCAUGCCGCGCGCUGCAAACGGCCAUGGCAGCAGCAUCUUUGGCUCCGCAGAGCUGACGGGUGCUGGGGAGGGCAAGCUGGCAGGCACAGGCGGGGCAGCAGCAGGGGAGACGGGCGCGGGUGGCGGUGCGCUGUGCCUCAACCUGGCCGCCAGCCUGGCGCCAGCUGGCGAUGCCACGUCAGACGACCGCCUGCGCGCCAGCCAGGUGCUGCUGCAGUCGCUGUAUGAGCAGCGCAGCCAGCUGCAGCACCCCCUGCAGCAGUCGCCGCAGCGGCAGCCGCCGGCGCGGCCCGCAGCCGUGCCCGGCCUGGAGCCGCAGCCGCCUGGCGGCCUGGCCGUCACGCAGCAGCAGCAGCAGCAGCAGCAGCAGCAGCAUAGAGGCUUUGCUCCCCAGCAGCUGCAGCCCCAGCAGCAGCCCGUCUCCGCCUUUCAGCAGCGGAUGGCAGCGCAGCAGGCUGCCGCCGCCUCGCCCCGCAUCUCGCAGCCGCCCUCUCCUGCGCCGUCCAGCAUGGCACAGCAGCUGCUGCUGCAGCAGCAGGCGGCGGCAGCAGCAGGGUCGCCGGGGCGCCAGGCAUGGCUGGGCAGGUCCCCCUCAGGCCGCCCCCGCGUGUCAGAGCUGUCUGUGCUGAGCAGGGAGGACAGCAGCGGCGCCGGCGGCGCCGGCAACGUGCCGGACGGCGGAUCGGGUCCGGCCGCCGCCGCAGCAUCAGCGGCAGCGCUAGCGGCAGUCCCCAUGCAUAUGCCCGCCGCGGGCCGGCCAGCCCCGCAGUCUGGCGAGGCUUCGCCAUCCGAGGACGAGUGGCUGCUCCAGCAGCAGCUGAUGCACGGCACGGGGCUGCACAGCAGCAGCGGCGGCAGCGCGAGCGCCAGCGACGGCCCGCCCGAAUUUUUCUGA